GUGGGCGGGACUAAGCCCGUGGCAGCACACAGAAAACUUUGUUAGCUUGUUCGCUAACAUCGAAUCAUCGUCUGUUCAGAAAUGACACGAGCGUGAGGCAGCGCGACACAAACCACUGGAAGGAUGCAUUGCGAAGGCGGUGAUGACGUGUGCAGAUGGGCCACUUCAGUGCUGCUGAACAGCAAACAUGAAAUCAGCGCUCGAGUUCAGCAGUUUGUGGAGGAGAGGAUGCAGACCACCAUGCUCACUGGUGUACUGAUAGGAGCUGCAGUCGCCGUCUCACUGAUUGGCAUUGUGGUCCUCUUCCUUUACAGGAGAUACAAGCUUGCUCGUAAACAACAGCCAGGUGCUCCUCAGUAUCGCUUCAGGAAAAGAGAUAAAGUGCUCUUCUAUGGAAGGAAGAUCAUGCGAAAGGUCCAGACGUUGUCGUUGAUUCCAACCCCCUCCUCCACCUCAGUAUCAAAGCAGUCGCAGCGCAUUCGCAAAAGAACCAAAGUCCUAAGCAUAGCUCGCAAAAUCCUUCGGAUCCGUAAAGACCCUCCCACCCUGCAGCCCAAGGAACCCCCUCCCUCACUGCUGGAGGCUGACUUAACAGAGUUUGAUGUGCAGAGCUCAAACCUGCCCUCUGAGGUCCUCUACAUGCUGAAGAAUGUCAGGGUCUUGGGACAUUUUGAGAAGCCCCUGUUCCUGGAGUUGUGUCGCCACAUGGUGUUUAUUGAACUGCAGGAAGGCGAAGGUCUGUUCAGGCCGGGAGACGAUGACGACAGCAUCUACGUGGUGCAGGAUGGACGACUCGAGCUCUGUAUCCAGGAGAAC